AGAGCUGGUUCACUUCCUAUAGAGACUGAAAACCAAGUGAGCGGAUGAUGGAUUGCACUGUACUGCACCAGAGAAGACAGAGAGGAUAGGCACUGCAGAUAGAUUCUGACCAUCUCUAAAGAACAACUGCACAACUGUGGGAAGACCUCCAGUAUUCCAGCAUUGCUUACCACAGAGAAGGCUGGGCAGUGAAAUCAUUUGGUCGGGGGAGCUUUGACAUAUCAUCAGAUCUGAAACUGGUCAGUGAUGUGGAGCCUUCUGUCAGAACCAACCUUUCCGAAGAUUCGGCUGUGGGUGAUCGGUCAGGAAGAAGUGUGAAUGGACUCAAGAUGUGGUGAGAGCUUCAGUCAAAUAUUGAGCCUUAUGAACCAUUGACUUAUUCCUACAGGUGAGAGGCUGUUCAAGUGUGAGGGGAACUCCACAGGCUUGUUAAGAUCUCCUGACACAAAAGGCACAUAUAUUGCAUGACUAUUAAAAUAACAGCAGGUACAUGGAAGAGAAACCUUUUAAGUGUGAGGUCUGUGACCGAACCUUUGCACAAUCAUGGACACUCAUGAAUCACAGACGCAUUCACACCGGGGAGAAACCAUUCAAGUGUGAGGUGUGUAACCAUGGCUUUGUACAAUCAUCAGGCCUGGUGAACCACCGGCGGAUUCACACUGGGGAGAAACCAUUCACAUGCAAGGUAUGCAACAAAUCAUUCUCACGGUCAUGGACUCUUCAUGUGCACCAACGUGUUCACACAGGGGAGAAACCAUUCAGGUGUGAUGUGUGUGACAAAUCAUUCUCAGAUGCAUCAACACUCCAAAAACACCAACGCAUUCACACGGGGGAGAAACCAUUCACGUGUGAGGUGUGUGACAAAUCAUUCUCAAAGUCAUCAACCCUCCUCGUGCACCAACGCAUUCAUACAGGGGAGAAGCCAUUCACAUGUGAGGCCUGCAUAAAGUCAUUCUCAUCACUAUCAGAUCUCCGCAAACAUCAACGUAUUCACACAGGUGAGAAACCAUUCAAGUGUGAGGUAUGUGACAAAUCAUUCUCGUCAUCAUCAGAUCUCCACAAACAUGAACGGAUUCAUACAGGGGAGAAGCCUUUCAGGUGUGUUGUGUGUGACAAAUCAUUCUCCUUGCUGUCGAAUCUCCGCACACACCAACGUAUUCAUACUGGGGAGAAACCGUUCAGGUGCAAGGCAUGCAAUAAAUCAUUCUCUGAUUCAUCAAGACUUCUGCUUCAUCAGAGGAUUCACACAGGGGAGAAACCAUUCACAUGCAAGGUAUGCAACAAAUCAUUCUCACGGUCAUGGACUCUUCAUGUGCACCAACGUGUUCACACAGGGGAGAAACCAUUCAGGUGUGAUGUGUGUGACAAAUCAUUCUCAGAUGCAUCAACACUCCAAAAACACCAACGCAUUCACACGGGGGAGAAACCAUUCACGUGUGAGGUGUGUGACAAAUCAUUCUCAAAGUCAUCAACCCUCCUCGUGCACCAACGCAUUCAUACAGGGGAGAAGCCAUUCACAUGUGAGGCCUGCAUAAAGUCAUUCUCAUCACUAUCAGAUCUCCGCAAACAUCAACGUAUUCACACAGGUGAGAAACCAUUCAAGUGUGAGGUAUGUGACAAAUCAUUCUCGUCAUCAUCAGAUCUCCACAAACAUGAACGGAUUCAUACAGGGGAGAAGCCUUUCAGGUGUGUUGUGUGUGACAAAUCAUUCUCCUUGCUGUCGAAUCUCCGCACACACCAACGUAUUCAUACUGGGGAGAAACCGUUCAGGUGCAAGGCAUGCAAUAAAUCAUUCUCUGAUUCAUCAAGACUUCUGCUUCAUCAGAGGAUUCACACAGGGGAGAAACCAUUCACAUGCAAGGUAUGCAACAAAUCAUUCUCACGGUCAUGGACUCUUCAUGUGCACCAACGUGUUCACACAGGGGAGAAACCAUUCAGGUGUGAUGUGUGUGACAAAUCAUUCUCAGAUGCAUCAACACUCCAAAAACACCAACGCAUUCACACGGGGGAGAAACCAUUCACGUGUGAGGUGUGUGACAAAUCAUUCUCAAAGUCAUCAACCCUCCUCGUGCACCAACGCAUUCAUACAGGGGAGAAGCCAUUCACAUGUGAGGCCUGCAUAAAGUCAUUCUCAUCACUAUCAGAUCUCCGCAAACAUCAACGUAUUCACACAGGUGAGAAACCAUUCAAGUGUGAGGUAUGUGACAAAUCAUUCUCGUCAUCAUCAGAUCUCCACAAACAUGAACGGAUUCAUACAGGGGAGAAGCCUUUCAGGUGUGUUGUGUGUGACAAAUCAUUCUCCUUGCUGUCGAAUCUCCGCACACACCAACGUAUUCAUACUGGGGAGAAACCGUUCAGGUGCAAGGCAUGCAAUAAAUCAUUCUCUGAUUCAUCAAGACUUCUGCUUCAUCAGAGGAUUCACACAGGGGAGAAACCAUUCACAUGCAAGGUAUGCAACAAAUCAUUCUCACGGUCAUGGACUCUUCAUGUGCACCAACGUGUUCACACAGGGGAGAAACCAUUCAGGUGUGAUGUGUGUGACAAAUCAUUCUCAGAUGCAUCAACACUCCAAAAACACCAACGCAUUCACACGGGGGAGAAACCAUUCACGUGUGAGGUGUGUGACAAAUCAUUCUCAAAGUCAUCAACCCUCCUCGUGCACCAACGCAUUCAUACAGGGGAGAAGCCAUUCACAUGUGAGGCCUGCAUAAAGUCAUUCUCAUCACUAUCAGAUCUCCGCAAACAUCAACGUAUUCACACAGGUGAGAAACCAUUCAAGUGUGAGGUAUGUGACAAAUCAUUCUCGUCAUCAUCAGAUCUCCACAAACAUGAACGGAUUCAUACAGGGGAGAAGCCUUUCAGGUGUGUUGUGUGUGACAAAUCAUUCUCCUUGCUGUCGAAUCUCCGCACACACCAACGUAUUCAUACUGGGGAGAAACCGUUCAGGUGCAAGGCAUGCAAUAAAUCAUUCUCUGAGUUAUCAAGCCUCAGAACUCACCAGCGUAUUCACACAGGGGAAAAACCAUUCACGUGUGAAGUGUGUGGUAAAUCAUUUUCACAGUCAUCAAGCCUCCGUGCUCACCAGCGCAUUCAUACAGGGGAGAAACCGUUCAUCUGUGAGGUUUGUGACAAAUCAUUUUCAAAGUUAACGAACCUCUGCAGGCACCAACGUAUCCACACUGGGGAGAAACCCUUCAAGUGUGAAGUGUGUGACCGAGCUUUUACACAGUCUUCGCACCUCUUGCAACAUCAGACAACUCACACAGGGGAGAAACCCUUCAAGUGUGAGGUGUGUGAUCGAGCCUUCACACAUUCCUCUAGUCUUCUGCAGCAUCAGGCACUUCACACAGGGGAGAAACCCUUCAAGUGUGAGGUGUGCAGUCGAGCCUUCACGCAUUCAUCAAGCCUUCUGCGACACCAGACAAUUCACACAGGGGAGAAACCCUUCAAAUGUGAAGUGUGCAACCGAGCAUUCAACCAAUCGUCAACACUCCUGAGACACAAAGGCACCCACACUGGGGAGAAACUUAUCUGCUGUGAUGUGUGUGACAAAUCAUUCUCAAAAUCAUCAAGUCUACAUGCUCACCAGCGCAUUCACACAGGGGAGAAACCAUUCACAUGCAAAGUGUGUGAGAAAUCAUUUUCAAAGUUAACAGACCUCCGCAGACAUCAACGAAUCCACACAGGGGAGAAACCUUUUAAGUGUGAGGUGUGCAAUCGAGCCUUCAUACAAUCAUCACACCUCCUGCGACAUCAGGCACUUCACACAGGAGAGAAAUCCUUCAAGUGUGAGCUGUGUGACCGAGCCUUCACACAUUCAUCGAACCUGAUGCAACAUCAGAUAAUCCACACUGGGGAGAAACCCUUCAAGUGUGAAAUGUGUGACCGAGCUUUCACUUAUUCAUCAAGCCUCCUGCGACAUCAGACAGUCCACACAGGGGAGAAACCCUUCAAUUGUGAGGUAUGUGACCGAGCAUUCACACAGUCAUCUAGCCUCCUGAGGCAUCAGACAAUCCAUACAGGAGAAACCCUUCAAAUGUGAAGUGUUUACUGAGGGACGUGGACAUUUGUUGAACCCAUGAAAACCUAUUCAUGUGUGACUUGUGUGGUACAUCAGCCUUGGAGUCAUCAACUUUCUGUGUACAACAAUACAUUAGCAUAGAAGCAACUAUUCACCUAUGAGAUGCUUCACAAAUCCUUCAGGUAGUCAUGAACCUUCGUGCGCAUUCACACAGGUGGGGAGAUAGUGGCACACUACUAAAUUUACUGGACUAGCAAUCCAGAGCCACAGGUUGAUAUUCUGUGUUCAUAUCCCACCAAUGCAGAUGGUGAAUUUUGAAUUCAAUUGAAAAAAAAACUGAAUUAAAAACUAGCUGCUGUUGAUUUUUGUGAAAAUAUUUUCUGGUUCACUAACGGUUCACCUUUAGGGAAGGAAACAUCAUGCUGAGUACUUCCCCUUCCUUACCCUUAGGGAAGGAAAUUUGUUGUCCUCUCCAUGUCUGGCUUGCAUAUGAUUCCAGACCUACAGCAAUGUAGCUAACCUCUGAAACACACCAUACAAAUCACACAGUGGGCAAUUAGGAACUGGCAAAAAAUGAUGGCGCAGCUAGUGAUGCAUUCAUUCCAUGAAUGAAUAUAAUUUAAAAAAUCCAAGUGUGAGCAUCUGGUUCAUCAGAGCAUUCACACAGGAGAGAAACACUCUGAUUUCUGUAAUAUUACACAUUAUUCACAUUAUUGUUGCAUAUCCUGGAACAUCAGUGAACCCACAUAGGAAACAAAUCCAUCCAGUGUGAUGUCUGACAGAAUUAUUUCAUCUCCUCCUCCCUCACGAAACACUGACAUCUCCACAAGGACUCAGCUGCUGCUUUUGCAUUGAGAGCUAUCUCUUUUUUCACUCUCCAGUGUUCACAAAGGAGAGCAGUCAUUCCAAAGCACUUGCUGUCUCAAACAUCUCACACAUUCAGUCCCAUCAUUUCAAGAAGGCCAAUUUAAUCUUUAAUCCUGAUCACAAAACACCAUUAAAGGAAAACAUCUAUAUGUACAGAACCCCUUGUAUAAACUCAGCAUCCUUGCAGUGCAGCAUCUGAUAAAAGUCACUCAUUGGCUCUCACUCUGACCAAGCAGACAAUCACAUACUUAGUGGUUGGAAAAGCUUCAGCUUCUGAUCUAUUAGCACAGGUUCCUGGGGUAGUAAUGGGGGUACUUCAAUUAGCCUCAGUGUCUAGUUAAUGGAGGGGGAGAAUCAGCCAGGAAUCCUGUUCCUCAUCAGUGAGCCUGGCUGGGAAGUCAGGGGGAGGGUAUGAUUUAUAAUUACUUUUAAUGUCAUCUAUUGUGAAUUUGGAUUGAUGCUUUUUGAAUUAGUAAUGUGGAUUUUCUGUUAAUAAUUAAUUUGGAAGUAUUUCUGUUGCCAUGGUAAUUUCUGUUAAAACAGUUUUUGUGGUCUAGCUUUGGAGUUAAUGGAUGUAUAUGCACCACUAAGGGACUUUCAUUGAUUUUAGAUUGUUUUGCCACCCUGUAAGGUAAAUAAUAGGACCUUCAUGUUUGUUAUAAAUUUCUGGAACUUAUUUGUUUCUUGCACUUAAAGGAAACACCCCCUAGCUUGGAAAGAGAAUUUUUUACUUUGAGUUUUGAGCAGUUAUGUAAUGCUCUUGGAUGAACAUGGCUAUAUAGCCCAGUGUUCCUGAGAAGAAAUGGGUAUACCUGUCGUGAUUACCUGAGAGUGAAGAGUUCAUGUUUGUCCCAGAUCUGUAGCGUUAGGAUAAACCCUGAACGUGUUAUUUAAAGUGAGUACAUUCAAACGCAGGUCUGUAUAAAGCUCCAGAAGGGCUCUUGUGUUGGUGUCUCCACCUCUGAGCCGGGUUAAAUUCCCACUUGCUCCAAAGGUGUAAUAGAUCUCUGAACAAGCUAAUAUGGAAAACAUCCAUAAUGGAUCCAGGAAGAAGCUAUCUGCCAUUAUGGUUUAUAUACCAAAGUCGAAAGUGACUUAAAAUCAUUGAGGUGUUAGAAACAAGAACUCUAGUGUGAGUCCUGUACAAGUGAGGCAUUUGGGUACUGUACUGGGGUGUCUUUUGAGUGCCAUACAAAAGCUGUUCCUUUAUUUUCUUUUCAGUUUAUAAAGGAAUAUUUUGUGAUUUGUGGGAUUGUACUUUUGCUGUCUGUUUAAAAGUCUUUGCACAUAUGUUAUAAUUGGGUAAUUUGGUUUAUUCUAUUUUAAUUUCAUUUCGUUUGUUAAUUAACAUCUGCUUUAUUGUUAAAGCCAAAUCUGCAACGUAUGCUUAUGCUUUAGCAAGAGACCAUUUUGUUAAAACCAAAAAGAAAUGAAAAUAUGAUCUCUGAAGCCAGGUUUCAGACUUGGAUCUGACACAUCCAAUAUGAACAUCAGCUGGGAUCAUAACACUUGGCAGAAUGUGUCUCAGCUGUGACAGUUUCAAUUGACUCACCACAUUCACUGUCUGACUGUCCACGUGCUGAAUGGCCACUCGACCAGAGCACUAGAGUCCAGGUCAGUAUCUUGAAGAAAUAUGAGAGGACAAAGUACAAUGAGAAAGGCAAAGAAAGCGAUCAAGUAAUUAAUUUCAUCUACACUUUCCUUUCAGUUGAUAUAUUCAUUUAAUUCAAUUCCCAUUUGAUGGUGUGUCACUUUUUCCCAAUCACUCUUCUUUUGAUGUUCUAAGUGAUUCAAGAGGACUGGAGAAACCUAACUGUCCCGUUUAAAAGAAAAGUUAUUUUUGUAGUAUCUUUAAAAUGAAAAUCAAACAUUACUGUAUAAUUUCAAGCAUUACCAAAUUCUACUUGUUUGUUCUUUCUUACAAAAAUACCUACAAUUUUCUCAAAAGUAGUUUGCCAGUUUAUGCUUCAUGUUUCUUUUUAUAUAAAAAAUCACAAGUUCAAGUAUGGCCACAACAGACAUGAUGGUUUCUUUUGUGUUCACCCGUAUUCAUGUUGUUGGGCUGAUAAGUUUUGUUGGUGGUCAGUUAAUUUCUUCCCAAACAAAAUUUUCCAUUUUUUAAAAUACAAAUUAAAAUCACCUCAGCUGUUUCUACUGGCUCUUGUUUUAAAUUAAAAUGUUGAAAUGUAAAUGUAUUUGUCCCCUUAAACAUCAAUUAAAUUGCCCAUCGUGAUCUUGAAAGAGCAACUUGUAUCAAUAUAUUUUAUCAAUUCCAAAUUCAGAUUUCAUAAUUUCACUAAUUAUGUGCUGGAUUGGUAAUUUUAAAGAGUGUUUUUAUACUGUAUUGGAGACACGAGUGAUCUCAGUCAGAUUAGGGUUCUCCUGUUCUCUAACACUCUUUCUCAGCCAGUUUGUUGGGGGUCUCACGAUAUUCUUGAAACCUUUUAAAAAUGCAAAAACAAAUAUUUACUAUGGCACUGGAAGAAGAUGUUGUACUUUUACAUGUUUAGUUUGAAGAAACUAUUGAAAUCCUCUGAAUUUCAAACUGACAUUUUAAGUUUUAUUGUCUUAAAGAAAAUCUUAUAAAUUGUUUUUAAGAUUACAUUCAAUAAAUAAUGACAAAUAUAUGAACAAAAUAUUUCUCCUUCUGGGUUUAAAUCGGAUGCCUUCCACAGUGCAGCUUAUCUACAUAUUUUGACAACAAGCUUUUUAUAGCACAGAACUGAAAAAUAGAGUUCACACGAUUUUCAAACUUCUGAGUAAACUUUUGACUUCUUUCUAGGUCUGACUUUAGUCAUGGGUAAGCUAUUGGAAGUGAUUCAGAAGGAAGGGACUUAAAUGCAUUUGGAGAAGCAAGGAAUGAUCAGGGAUAGUCAGCAUGUUUUUGGGCGAGUAAAGUUGUGCCUGACAAAUCUGAUUGAGUUUUUUGAGGAAGUAACCAAGAGAAUUGGUGAGGGAAGAGCAAUAGACAUUGUUGAAUUGGACUUUAAUAAAGCCUUUGACAAGGUUCUGUAUGGAGAGACUAAUUAGUAAAGAUAGACCAUCUAAGAUUUAGGGUGAGCUUGCCAAUUGGAUACAAAAUUAGCCUAAUGACAAGAGACAGAAAGUGAUUAUAGAGGGUUGUUCUUCAGGCUGGAUGCCUGUGACCAGAUGUGUUCCACAGAAUCUGUACUGUGUCUACUUUUGUUUGACAUAGAGUCAUAGAGAUGUACAGCAUGGAAACAGACCCUUCAG